CAGUUUUUAAACUGUUUGUGUGUCUGAGCAAGAUUUAAUCUCUCAAGGUUGAUUUGGGAAGAUUAUUGUUAUGCCUUGUUUGUCGAGGAGAUUAUGCUUACAGUCUUACAAUGAGUCAGGGUCUAGAAACUCCAGUGGCUUUGGAACUAUUUUGCGAAAUGUUGGAAACGUUAAGUGAAAGACCAAUAGGUGGUAUUGUAUUGCUGCGUUGGUCUCGUUCGGAUAUAUUGUCUCUUAUGUUGAGCAUAAUGUCACUUAUUCUUAUAUCAUGUUCUGUUGCUUCAUACCGAUAUUCCUCCAGCUACUCCUGGAUAUCGAUUGCUGGGGAUUUGCUCUUUGUCCUCUUGUCAAGUAGCCUUUUGUUCUUAACGUUCUUAACGCGUUAUAAAAGGAUGAUUUCAUCUUGUUCAAAGUUUAAGACAUUCUUAAGAUCUUCCGUCACUUGUCUUAGUAAGUAUGUUGUUUCUAAUUGUUUGUAGGAAAUUUGAAGCCGAAUAUGCUUUCAUAUUCACCAUGUCUAAAUGGACUUUUAAAUGAGAUGGUUGGUUUGGAUACCCACCUUACUAUCCGAGAUGGAAAAAUCGUGGUCUUGCCUGCUGUUUUACUUGUUCCAGGUGAUGUUAUUAUUAUUAAACCAGGUCAGACAAUCUUCGCUUUCUGCAAACAAAUAAAUGAAAAUCACAUUUACUUUCCAGGUGAUGUUUAUGUCCCUCAGAAACUCAGUUGUAACCUGAUAUCCACCUCGUUUACAUCCAUUCAAAGAUCAGAUGAGUCUGUGGUAGCCGUUGUCAUCCAUUCUCCUUUGGCUUCUUACCUUGAUAUCGCUUCUAGAUCAAGAGUUGAAAAUGGUUAUACGUUUCAACCGCUUGCUUAUAAAGUUGUGAAUACUGCAGUUUGGGUUUCUUUAAUUAUCAAGUGUUCUAUAACUUUCAUUUUUCUAACUUCAAUAUUUAUUUGCGCAUUACCUAUUGGUGAUCUUAGUCAUCAGUUUUAUCGCUUGCUAAUCUGGUUUGCCCACACUCUUGGUAUUGUUAUUGCUUCUUCGAGCUUCUCAUUGUAUUUCAUAUGGAUGAUUGCCACUGCUGUUGUCACAUUCCACUUCCAGAAUGUUCUUUCUAAUUCUCAGGAUCAUUUUAAACUUAUUGAUGGCAAUGACUUCAAAUCUCCCAAUGUAUUUUUCCAACCCAACAUGUCUAAGGCUUCCAAAUCAAACACGUUAACUUUUCACUCGCUUAUCUCCAAUCUUCGCUACUUUGGCUUUAUGUUUUACUUUCAGACGAACGUAGAUAUGGAAAAUAUUGUACUUACUUUGGGAACACUAAGUUCCGUGUGUUGUAUCAACCAAGAAGGUGUUAUAAGUCAGUCGUUACCAACUCCAGAGAAAAUGUUUUUCUUCCACAGACGCCAUCACAAUCAUCACCAUCAGGAGAGUUUUGGUACAAACAAGUCUCAAAAUGUCUAUAAAUCAAACUCAAAAGCGGAAGAACGUUUGGAUCAUCAAAAUUCUAAAUCAGGCCAACUGAACACGUCGGGUUUUCUGCGCACAAAAAAACAAUGUGUUGGACUUAAUCAAGGAGAACUUUGCAAGACUCAAAGUCCCAUCCAAAAUCAGCUACCCACUAACUGUGAUCCUAAUGAUACACCUGGUUUUCAACGAAGUGCUGUGUUCCCACUGAGCAGUUGUAUUGCACCGGUAGUUCUAGACUUACGAACCGAUUUUUAUCGACCCUUUUUAUCGCAUUUCGAAAGGCCGCGCUGGGAUCGUUUCCUUUCAUCGCUUAAACCAAUCGGUUUAUCGAUUCUUCUCAACAAUUGUCACUCUGCUAUUGCGAAACAGAGAAUUGGCUUUUUUGAAAAAGUAAAUGCAACUCAAAAAUAUUUCGAUUCUUCGUCAUGUAUUACUGCACUGCCACUUACUUUCUGUCUGUGUGGUCUUGCCAGCCAGAUAGGAUUUCGUGAUGGUGCCUUAAGUGGUUUUGGCACUCAUGGAUGCUUGGGUGCUUAUUCUAUUUGCUCAGCCGCAUAUACUUCUAGUUCUAACGCUACUGAUGUGAAAAGUAAAUUAUCUUCCGAAGAAAUCCUCCCGACAAAAGAAAAUACAAAUUAUGACCGAAUUCAUUUGGCUUAUUGCUUUAGCUCUGUCUUCUCUGAUCCAAAUAUCCAAAGUGGUUAUCAACUGCUCUCUCAAGGUACUGGUGAUAUUCUUGCUAGCUUGUGUUCUGAUGUUUGGGAUGGGCGGGAUAUCGUACCACUGUCAGAUAGAGAACGUGAACUAAUCUUGGGGUUCCACAAUCGUCAUCUGUCGUCUGCAUACUGUAUUGGUUUCGCUUAUUCUCCGUUGGUUGAUAAAAUUGAGGAAUCUUAUCGACUGUUGUUGGGUAAUCUCCCUAGUUCGUCAGAUAUCUUCAUGCUUCGUUUACCAGGAUCUGAUGAUAUUUCACCAGUAAUACAGCGAAAGGUACUGGAACACCUGGUUUGCAGUCGAUCAUAUUCAAAUCGUUCUCUACUACCGCGUGUUACGAACAAUAUUAACAGUACCAGUCCCAUUUAUGACAGGAUUGUUCGUGAUAGUGAUAUUUCUAGAAGAUCUCAAGCUAUUUCAAAAUCCAGCAGACCACGUAAUUAUCGACUAAAAUUUAUAAAGAAUAUGAAAAACUUCGGUUUUAAUUCCUUCUCUAAAUAUUGGCAGCAUAGCGAUCGGAAAAAAGAAGGGUGUGAUAAAACGGAAGGAACGUAUUCAAAUGAUAAACUUCUAAAACAUUCACCGUCAAAGAGAAGUGAUAGAUUUUCUAGAAAACAUCGAAUUAACCAUAAUCGAAUAAGUAGUAAUUUUGGUGAGUAUGAUAGUAACUGUUUGGUUUUGAAUGAAUUUCCAAAUGCUAAUUUUGUUUCGGAAACUGAUCAUUGCAAAAGUAACGCUGAUAACUCGGAUCAUGAUAAGAAGAGUAAUGUACGUAUUGAUCAGAAAGAAGUGGACGUUAUACUGAACAAUCAAAUAUUCUUAGGUCUAAUAAGUAUGCAGUAUCAGGCAAAUCCUCAAGUUGUGAAGUCCAUUAAACAACUUCAUCAAGCUUGUAUACGAUUUGUACAUUUUUCUCGAGAAAAUGAACUUCGAAGUAGAGUGUUCGCUGAACGUUUGGGGUUAGAAUGUGGUUGGAAUUGUCAUAUAUCGCUUAAGAGUCCUAAUUCUGUUAGUAAUCGCAAAUCCGUUGGUCUGCCUAAAGAAUUCCGUAAAAGCUAUAAAUUUUCAUUUGGAACUGAUUUGUUCGUCACUGAAGGAAAAUACUUUGUUGGUUCCCAUCAGACUAAGCGAUGGUCAAGUUCUCCGGCACUAGCAACGUCAUAUUUCUCAAAAUUCGGGUCCACAUCUGAUCCACAGUUCUUUCAAUCUACUCCAUUUCCUGAGUAUUGUGAAGCAAACUGUUUGAAAUCAAUCUCUCCAUGUUUGAAUUCCCGACAAAUUGACUCUGACUUUGAAUCUUCAUGCUCUCAUGAUCAUAUUAACAAUAAUUUCGCUCAUGCUGUGUCUACCAGUUACCUUCAGCAGAUUCGUUCAAACGAAAUAGGUCCAAAGGAAUCAUUCGGUUCAUAUCACUUGUCCUCGUCAAGUAAUUCAACUAGUUCUGUAUCGCUCUCAGUAGAUGGACAAAGUGAUUAUUCUGAAGAAAUAAAAUUGUCGGAAUUGUUGGUCAGGAACAAGUCCCGACUUCCAUGUGGAAUCGAUAGCAUACGCCCACAUUUAGAAAAUGUCGAUAACGUUCCAUUACAAGUAUCAUUGUUUACUGAUUGUACACCUAAAGCUGUUAGCGAAAUGAUUCAAAUAAUGAAAGAAUAUGGGGAUACUGUUUGCUUAAUUGGAAGCUGUUAUUCAUUAACCAACUAUAUAUUGUUUCAACAAAGUGAUGUAGCUAUCGCUGUGAAACCUAUUCUACCCUACUCGAAUUGUCAAUUUGCAAAUACCAAGUACAUUGUCUCGAAUCAAUCUGUUGAUCGGUUAAUAAGUGAUCUCCAGUCAGAAGAGUUUAGUUGUUCGAAAAAAAACUCGACUUCUACACAUCAGGAAAGUGAUACUACAAAUUUUAAUACAUUCGACAUUGCUGCACAUCUUGUACACUUAGUUACACCUUGUCUUUUGGAUAUAGAGAAAACAGGAUUUCAUGUUUACGAUCUUAUUGUUGAGGCUCACGCCAGUGUUAAUAACCUCUAUCAUUGUUUGGUGUUCAGUUCAACAACUCCGUUAGCAGUUGGUUUACUACAAUUACUACUAUUAAUAAUCGGGUUGCCUACACGACCUGUUGUUUUGCUAGAUGUGCGAUCAAAUCUUCAACAAGGCGAAUUGAUUUGGCUGCCUGUGGAACCAUUUCGAUCAGUUAUUUUUGGUUCAAGUGAAAUUUUUGGUAAUUUAAGCAAAACUGAUAAGCACACUAACAUUAAUUUGUUACACUACAGUUCGGAUUGGAAUUUAGAACCGAGUCUUAGCAUUGGUCAGUUAUUUUGGCUACUUUUCAUUGUCAUGCCAUCUUUAACAUUAUCUUUAAUUGAUAGGCGAGUGGAAAGAAACCGACCGUUACGUGAGCCACCGAUUAAGCGUAAUAAACUAUUUACUAAGAAGAGAUGCUUACGCUUUACUUUAGUGACUUGUUCUCGUUUCAUACCGUCACUGUUAAUUUGUCUAUUUUGCGAAAUUGGUCAUCUUUUAUGGGCUCAACAGCUUGAAGAUUGUCACCAAUCAUUUCACAGUAUUUAUACAAAUAAGUUUAAUGGAACAAAUCCCCUAAUUAACGAUUCCAAGGCAUAUGCUAAAACACUAUCAUCAUCUUAUGCCCUUCAAGAAUCAUGUCUAUCUAAAUUGUCUAUACUAAUAUACAGUUUAAAGGAUUUAAUCUUCUAUCAGCUAAUCAUGUACCUAAUUGUUAUAUCAUUUUCUUAUGCAAAUUAUGGUCAAAGAGUAUGGAAAUUCCGGUAUUCUACAAAUCCUUCUUGGUGCAUUGUCUCUAGUCUAAUAUGCAUUCUUCAUUCGGUUUAUAUGAUCAUUCGCUUGUGCGUCGUUAAUUCUUCUUUAAGAUUAACAAGUUGGCACAUUUUAUCUCCAUCCAUAUCGGCAUUUGGUUUUAUCUGGUGCAUUUUGCUAUUUUUUAUUAAUGACUUUAUAUCAUGGAGAGAAAAUCGGUACGCAUAACUGCAUUACUGUCGUUUAAUUUUUUUAUUUAAAAUUAGAGACAACAUAUUCAGCAUAGAUAAUGUGAAGUGGUUGACAACAAUCGUAGCUGUAUACGGUAUGUAGAUGAGAUGAUUUUGUAGCCUUUUAUUGGAAUAAUUUAUAAACUAAGGUUGUUGAACUUGAAACCAUAUAUGUCACUUCUAUAAAAACGACUCAGUUAAUGCUAACAUGCGUUUACUAUCUGCUUCAUCUACUUCCAGUCUUCGCCAGUUGGGAAUUUUUAUCUAACGUUUUACACAUACAUUUACGAAAUCAAUAGAUUGAAUGACUUUUAUUAAAAAUUCUGAUAUGCAAGUGUAUAGAAACCAUACAAUAAUCACAUAACAUUUUUUGUCGAAGUCUAUUAUUGAUGUUUAUCAGGAGAAAAUCUGGUUCAACAUUGUGAUUCAGAGUAAAAUGACGUUAAAAAUGCUGCUUACUUCAGUUACAAAAGGGUUUCAUGAGUGCAUAUAGCUAGACAGAAUAGCUGUUUGGUAUUUCGUCUUUACAAAUUGUUGUGUGAUUAAUACCAGCCUAAAAGUCAAAUAAUCUAUUAAUAAAUUUAGUACGAAUUCUUAUUAGAGAUUUAGUUAAAAAAUAUAAACCAUUCCAGUCAGUUACAACAAAUAUUACACUCCUCUAAUUGUCUUUUGACUUGUGAUCUGUAUUAGAUGACACCAAACAAUAUCCAGUUACGUGAACCACACCAUUCCAGUUCAGUUUCAUCGUUACAGUCAGAUUCAAUCUUCGUUUCCCCCUUUACAUUUAUUUCAUCCUGUAGACAUUUUUUAACACCCUGAUUUGUUAAGAAGCAAAACAAGCCGAGAAAUGCUUUGCUAAUUUACUAUUAUUAAUUUUUUAUGCUAAAUUAAUUAUCAUUUUAUAACCAGUGUUAAACUGACUCUUAUUUAUCCUCUUCAUUUAUGCUUUUCAUAGAGCUAUUAUGACAGAGCAUCGC